CUAACACCUGGCUACGUACGUAAUUCCAUCUCCCUUUAAAGCCUAGCUAGCCCACGCUCUAAUACUAACGUCGUCACGUUAAAUAAGCCAGGGAACAUCCCGGUGGGCUACAUGGACCCAGGUGGAGGUGGUCCACUAGCAAAGUGAUCAACGUUUCCUCCACUUCCGUGUCUCACCAGCUUCCCGUGCGAAUCACGGACCUUGCCUUGAAUGCAAAUACUCGGAGGUCGUCGUACCACUUCGCAAAAGGGGCAGGUGUAUAUAAAUUGUUGAUGUCUCUCGAACUUUCCCACCAAUAGACACCACUGCUACAAGUAGAAUAAUAGCGACUCGAACAAGUCAUUCACUCCUUUCUUUCUCCAGGCUAGUCCCUCGUUUUCUAUACUCACGCUCAGAGAGAAUAUAUAACUUCGUUCUUUUCGCAUUAGUCGACACUCUCGUUCCUUUGGGCAAACCACAGACGCGUUUCCAAUACCCAACCCAACUAUACACAAUGCAUAACCUCGCUGUUCUCGGCUUCGCCACUCUGGCCCUCGCGGCCCCUAGCUCGGUUCUCAACGAGAGAGCCAGCACUUGCACUUUCACCUCCAUCGACACCAUAGCUUCGAAGAAGAAGUCCUGCACCAACAUCGUGCUCAACGGCAUCACCGUCCCGGCCGGAGAGACCCUUGACCUGACGGGCCUCAGCGACGGGACCACGGUCACCUUCCAAGGCACCACCACCUUCGGGUACAAGGAAUGGGAAGGUCCCCUCAUCAGCGUCUCGGGCACCAAGAUCACCGUGAACGGCGCGAGCGGACACGUGAUCGACGGGCAGGGCGCGAAGUGGUGGGACGGUAAGGGCAGCAACGGCGGCAAGAAGAAGCCCAAGUUCUUCUACGCGCACAACCUCAAGUCCUCGUCCAUCAACAAGCUCAACGUCAAGAACACGCCCGUCCACGGCUUCUCCAUCAACAACGCCCAGGGCCUGACCCUCGACCACAUCACCAUCGACAACUCGGCCGGCGACUCGGCCGGCGGCCACAACACCGACGCCUUCGACGUCGGGUCCUCGGACGGCGUCAAGAUCAUCGGGGCCAACGUCAAGAAUCAGGACGACUGCCUGGCGGUCAACUCGGGCAAGAACAUCGAGUUCACGGGGGGCAGCUGCUCGGGCGGGCACGGGCUGAGCAUCGGAUCGGUGGGCGGCCGCAGCGACAACGAGGUGCGCAACGUGGUCAUCUCCAAGUCGAGCAUCAGCAACUCGCAGAACGGCGUGCGGAUCAAGACGGUGUCGGGCGCCACGGGUGUGGUCAACAACAUCACGUACUCGGACAUCACGCUGAGCAACAUCUCCAAGUACGGCAUCGUCAUCCAGCAGGACUACGAGAACGGCAGCCCGACGGGCAAGCCCACCACCGGCGUGCCCAUCACCGACGUCAAGCUCAACAAGGUCACGGGCACCGUGUCCAGCAGCGCCACCAACGUGUACAUCCUCUGCGGCAAGGGCUCGUGCAGCAACUGGUCGUGGUCGGGCGUCAGCGUUAAGGGCGGCAAGAAGAGCACCGCAUGCUCCAACAUCCCCUCGGGCGGUGCCUCUUGCUAGGUUGCCUACCUGGGUAUCUAGGUAUCUAAACGAUAAAGAUCAGAGAUCUGCGACGAGUCUUGAAAGACUCGAUAUUUUUAUUCGCUUCGUUGUAGGAAUACGUAACCUAACAUAACAUAUAACCCUUUUUCACAUGUACAUAGGUAUAUAUUUUUAUUAUGGCAAUGACUAGUUGAAAUCUAGAA